UUGUGGCUAGAGCAGCAGGUAAUGACUGGGGGACUCUUGUUUCAGAUGCUGGUGACAUUCGAGGAGGUGGCUGUGUAUUUCACCCAGGCACAGGGGGUUCUGCUUGACCCCACUCAGAGAGCCCUCUACAGGGAUGUCAUGCAGGAGAACUACGAGACAGUGACCUCUCUCGGAUUUCCCAUUCCCAAACCUGAGCUGAUCGCCCAGCUGGAACGAGGAGAAGAGCCGUGGGUGCCCGAUCCCCAGGCUUGCAAGGACAGAAGGCUUCCAAGAUGCAUCCAUACAGCACUGUCCAUGGAGCUCGGAGAGUUUGCUGUACGUUUGUUACAUGCUGUAAAGCUGGAAAACACCCACAGAUGAGCUCCCCAGAGACAGUGCCACCUGCACACCAGCUAGGUGCUAAGUGGCCAGUAAUUGCUCAGCCGGCCCUUCGCCAGCUGUGGAGUUGGGAACAAGAGAGUUACAAUUCACCCGAAAGACGGCUGGACGCUCACUUAGGCCACAGACUGACUGUUGCCUGCCCCCCGGCUGGGGGGUGAACCUCAAAGAGGAGAGUGGUACAAAAACACAGGGGAGACUGGCCUCCAUUUUUACCUCUCCUCUCUCAUCUUUACAGAAGGCAACAAGAUGACUUGAAAGGCAACAGGGGCCAUGGAGUGGGGAGGAUGGACCAAGGCUGGAAGGAAAUCCAGCCUGGGUACUCAGAACUGUGAACUGCCUGCAACAGCGGGUGGGAUGGGAAAUCCUGUUCGCUUUGCAUCUUCCUUAGUUUAGUAAUAUUUAGGAUUUAAAAUGCAUGUUUUAAUUUUGUAGUUUUAACCUUUUCUGACCUUUGACAUCUUUCUCCCUUGUAAUCCCUGAAAACCCCGUUGCUCCAGUUACUAAAGUGGUUUUAGUGUUUUGUCUGG